CUCCCCCGAUCCCUCGGGUCCCGGGAUGGGGGGGCGGUGAGGCAGGCACAGCCCCCCGCCCCCAUGGCCGCCCGUCGGAGCCAGAGGCGGAGGGGGCGCCGGGGGGAGCCGGGCACCGCCCUGCUGGCCCCGCUCGUGCUGGGCCUGGGCCUGGCGCUGGCCUGUCUUGGCCUCUUGCUGGCCGUGGUCAGCCUGGGGAACCGGGCAUCGCUGUCUGCCCAGCAGGAGCCUUCCCAGGGGGAGCUGGUGGCAGAGGAGGACCAGGACCUGCUGGGACUGAAUCUGCAGCCAGAGAAAAGCCAGGAUCCCAUGUCUUUUCUGAAACGACUGGCUCGGCCCCGCAGGAGUGCAUCUAAAGGCCGGAAACCCCGGGCUCGCAGAGUGAUUGCAGCCCACUAUGAAGUUCACCCCCAGCCGGGACAGGAUGGCGCGCAGGCCGGUUCAGACGGGACAGUGAGUGGCUGGGAGGAGACCAAAAUCAACAGUUCCAAUCCACUGCGCUAUGACCGCCAGAGUGGGGAAUUUAUAGUCACACGGCCUGGGCUCUACUUCCUGUACUGUCAGGUGCACUUUGAUGAGGGGAAGGCUGUCUACCUGAAGCUGGACUUGCUGGUGGAUGACACGCUGGCCCUGCGCUGCUUGGAAGAGUUCUCAGCCACAGCAGCCAGUUCCCUGGGGCCCCAAAUCAGGCUCUGCCAGGUGUCCGGGCUGUUGCCCCUGCGGCCAGGGUCUUCCCUGAAGAUCCGCACCCUCCCCUGGACCCAUCUCAAGGCUGCCCCCUUUCUCACUUACUUCGGACUCUUCCAAGUUCACUGAGGGCCCCUGGUCUCAUGCUGGCUUUCCCAGGCUGACAACUCCCCACAACAGCUCUCCAGCACCCUGUCCCCUCUGCUCUGGGUUGCUCCUCCCCCGACUUGCCCCACCCUCUGUAGGCUGCCAGGGCUUCUUCACGUUUUCCAUACCACAUAAAUAUCCCCAUUCUUGUCUGGUAACGCCCCCACCUCUGACUCUCCACUCACUAGCUCCCAAACCCGAUCUUUCAACACCCCCAUUAAUCUCCCAAUUUCCCUGCCCCCCCCACCCGCCACAGGACACUGCCCCCUGCCCCCCAGGACACUGUUUUACUGUAUUGUGGGGUGAGGAUGGGUCCUGAAUACUGCUCUUCAGGCACUAAGUGGGACUGGAUGCCAGAAACUGGGACUAGGCCAGGAGUUCCCGAAUGUGAAGGGUAAGCGACUAAGACAAGCGCCUUCUCUGAUAAUUCCCUGUGGAUUUUAAAAACAGAUAUUAUUUUUAUUAUUUUUGUGACAAAAUAUUGAUAAGUGGAUAUUAAAGAGAAUAAGUCAUUGUCUCUCUGUUUAUUGGGGCUUAGGGGACAUUCUCAGCAUAACUGAGAGUUACAAGAAGGGAUUCUGGGAAUUGAGGAGUGGGGUGCAGGAUAUCUGGAAUUCCAGGGUGACCUACAGGCUUGGGAAUGGGAACCUACAUGCCUUCAAUUGCCCCCUUCAACCCCAAGGUGUGAACAGAGUGGAAAGGCAAAUUGCCAGGGAGAAAAAAAAAUCAAUCCUCUGCCCAAGGUCCAGUGGAAGCAACCUCAUUUACCUAGAGGCCCGCUUCCUCCUGUGGGGAAUCCCUGGCGGGGAGGAGCCGAGGCCCUUCCUCUUGGCAGCUUUGGGACAUUCAGCAGGUGCUGGCACAAGGCCUGACUAGGAUGUGGGGUGGGAGCAGGCCUGGAAAGGGGCUUAGAGUCAGUAAACAGGACUCCAGGGCCCAGAAACAUGGAAACCUGGGUCCCUGAGUCCAGGGGACAAAUCCUACAGAGGUAGGGUGCUCGGGGCUGUCUCUUUCUCUCUUUGACCAGAGUCUUAUGUAAGAGCGUUUCUCGGGAAACAGGAAGUCUUUCUUGCCAAGUUCAGCACAGGGAGUAGUGCAGGCCUUAUUCCAACACACCCAGCCUGGCCUUAACCCCAGAGCAGUUUCUUGCUUCCUCGACCCUGGCUUUCCUCCCCACGGACUCCCCCUUCCCUUCUACCUUCAGUCACUCCUAGCAAAUCUCCCCAGUGAUCUUUCUCCCUGGCUGGAGUCAGAGGGUCUUCUGUCCUCAUCCCUUGACCCUCAAUACUGUCCUGCUUGCCUCUCCAUCCCUCUUCCUGGCACUAUACCCCAGAGCCAGCCAACCUUCCCUCCCCCUC